CCCGAGGGACACCGCUUUACCUGGGAGGAGUUCAAGGGGGAAUUCGAACACAAAUACUACAACCACCAGGACCAAGAACACCGCUUUACGGAAUUCUUGCAGCUGCAACAAGGGAACAUGACGGUUCGUGAAUACGAAGCAGAGUUCACUCGUUUGCUGACCUAUGCAGGACAUCUAGUACUUACGGAAGGCAAAAAGAUCCAGAAGUUCAUUGCCGGACUACGACUAUAUCUUCGCAGGAAGAUAGAACUCCACGAGUACCCCACACUCAGCCGCUACUUCAGCCAGCUGGUGAAAGCAGAGCGAGGAGAAAAGGAAGAGAAGGAGGAGCGCAUCCGAGAUCAGAGCCCUAACAGGCGAUUCUCCAACACCCGACCUCCGGGAAAGACCAGCAAGACAUGCCAGAGCAGCCAGUCACGGGGCAAGGGGAAAGCACCUGCUGAUGGUGCGCUACCGCUGCCUCCACCACCUUAUCGGGGACCGCUGACCUGUUUCCGAUGCCAACAGCCGGGACACUUUGCGGCCACUUGCACCGCACCUACAGACACAUUGCCUAUGGCCAGACAGCCACGACCACCACCGAGGACUGGGGCAGUCCCGAGAGUUUAUGCUCUUGAGGCUGAGACAGAGGUACAGGAGGAGGAGACCAACCUCGAGGAUGACGAAGCUGUCGCUAUCACAAAUCCCGAGGAGCACGAGUAACGCACUGUGGACGGCGACGGCUUUGUGAAGACUUCAUUAUGUACGGAUAAAUAAUCCUGUUUGUACGUUUUGGUUUGUGGAACAAGGUUUUGCGUGAAAUCGGUUGUGUUUAAUUGUGGGUUUGGACAAGUGUUGUUUUUGAGAAA